AUCAAACAGACCGCAGAGCGACCGGAGCAGGCAGCAGAGGAGAGUACAACCGUGAACAUUUACACUAAAAACCCUGGGAAAUAAUGCUUAUCUCUCCUCUUAUUCUGAUGGGGAUUUGGACUCGAGUUACUACGAUGAAAUAGCGUCGAAAGGAGCGCCUUAAUCACACGGGAAAUUAAAGAAAAGGAGGAGAAAAGGUCGGUGGUUGUGAUGUUGUUCCGGCUUCCUCUGCUUAAAGACUGCAUUUCCCAUGGAGCAGUGCACCGACACGCACACUGUUGUACCAUGGAGCCACCAGUCAGGGUUUUGGACCCAAAGAGCCAGUGAGACAGAAGAAGACCUGAUAUUGUGAUAUCUCCCAUCAUCCCUCCUCCUCCCUGAACUCCCGCUGAGGAUUAAAGACUUUUAUCUGGAGUUAUCAGAUCUCAGAAAGCUCCAGACUCCAGAUUUCGGUUCAGGUCCAGCUUCAGUCUCAGGUUCUGCUGCAGGAUGGCAGGUCCAUCGCUCUGUCUGGCUGUCAUGGCCGCCGCGCUCCUGCUGACCCUCAGAGCCGACGCCGCAGGUCAGAACCCGGACCACGUGCUGCAGGGCACGGGGGUGAAACAUGAGGCCCGGCGGCCCGGAGAGGACUCCACCAUCUCUCCGGAGGACGCCGCGCGGUUCCUCAGCUGCUACUGCUCGGGACACUGUCCUGAGGACGCCACCAACAACACCUGCCAGACCAAUGGUCAGUGUUUUGCUAUCAUCGAAGAGGACGAACACGGAGAGGCGAUCCUCACCUCGGGCUGCAUGAAGUAUGAGGGCUCACACUUCCAGUGCAAGGACUCUCCGAACGCUCAGACCCGGAGGACGAUCGAGUGCUGCAACACGGACCUCUGCAACAGAGACCUGCAGCCCACCCUCCCCCCACAGCCUCCCGCAGAAGGCAGCCCCCACUGGCUGGCGUUCCUGAUCUCCAUGACGGUCUGCUGCUGCACGCUCAUCUGUGUCACCGUCGUCUGUUACUACCGGUACAAGUGGCAGAGUGAGCGUCAGCGGUACCACAAAGAUCUGGAGCAGGAAGUCUUCAUCCCGGUUGGAGAGUCGCUCAAAGACCUCAUUCACCAAUCACAGAGCUCGGGCAGUGGCUCGGGGCUCCCCCUGCUGGUGCAGCGGACGAUAGCGAAGCAGAUCCAGAUGGUGCGUCAGAUCGGGAAGGGGCGGUACGGAGAGGUGUGGCUCGGCCGCUGGAGGGGAGAGAAAGUGGCCGUCAAAGUGUUCUUCACCCGGGAGGAGGCCAGCUGGUUCAGGGAGACGGAGAUCUACCAGACGGUGCUCAUGAGACACGAAAACAUCCUCGGCUUCAUCGCGGCCGACAUUAAAGGCACGGGCGCCUUCACGCAGCUCUUCCUCAUCACGGACUACCACGAGAACGGCUCUCUGUACGACUUCCUGAAGCACAGCACGUUGGACACGCAGACGCUGCUCCGCCUGGCGUACUCUGCCGCCUGCGGCCUAUGCCACCUGCACACGGAGAUCUACGGCACGCAGGGGAAGCCCGCCAUCGCUCACCGAGACCUGAAGAGCAAGAACAUCCUGAUCAAGAAGAACGGAGCCUGCUGCAUCGCUGACCUCGGCCUUGCCGUCAAGUUCAACAGCGACACUAACGAGGUGGACGUGCCGCUCAGCACGCGGGUCGGCACGCGGCGCUACAUGGCGCCGGAGGUUCUGGACGAGACGCUCAACAAGAACCACUUCCAGGCGUACAUCAUGGCCGACAUGUACAGCUACGGCCUCAUCAUCUGGGAGAUGGCCCGGCGCUGCAACACCGGAGGUAUCGUGGAGGACUACCAGCCCCCGUACUAUGAGAUGGUUCCCUCCGACCCGUCGUAUGAAGACAUGCUGGAAGUCGUGUGUGUGAAAGGAGUCCGGCCGACCCUGUCCAACCGCUGGAACAGUGACGAGUGUCUGCGGGCGAUGCUGAAGCUGAUGUCCGAGUGCUGGGCUCCGAACCCGGCAUCCCGCCUCACAAUCCUCCGAGUGAAGAAGACGCUCUCCAAGAUGGUGGAGUCGCAGGACAUCAAGAUCUGACCGCCCUCUUCCUCAUCCUCGUCCUCUAUCAGCGCCUCCCUCUUCAUCAGGAGGAGGAGAGAGAUAAUAAUAAUGGACCCAUUUCAGGGCUGAACUCUGUGUCUCCUCCUCCUCCUCCAUCGUCACUGUGUCUGGAAACUAAAAUGUGCCGUGUGUCAUUUCGGAUACUUUUCUUAUCCAUGUGUUACCUGCCAUGUGGUACACUGCCAUGUGGUACACUGUCAUGUGGUACACUGCCAUGUGGUACACUGCCAUGUGGUACACUGCCAUGUGGUAUCGCCACUCGAUGACGUAGUAUGCUUGAAAUAGUGGCUCUGGAGCAGCUUUACUCGACAUUGAGAAACGGCCACUUUGUUUUUUGGGAACUUUGACCAGAAAGCGUCAAGUCAUGUCAUUGCUGCUGUGAACUGAUUGAAAAGGACGGUCUCCGCUGAACAGGAAUGUCUGAAAUAAUUUGUGAAAAAUAACAUGAAUGUGAGAAAGCAUUUCAAAACAUUGGACAUUUUUUUACUAUGAAUUUUUCGGGCGUUUUUCCAAAUGCAUUAUAACAGACUUUUCAGAUAUUUCUCAGAUCUGUUCGAUCUUUUCGCUUCACAAGCAAACAGCAAUUGUGUGACUUCCAGGAUUUGAGACAAUGCUACUGGGUCGAAAUUCACAAAAUACAAAGUGUGUACAGUUUACCACAUGGCAUUGAACUAAGGUAUCAGAAUAGAGACACAGCGCAAAAACAAACAUGGAGUCCUUCCUCUUCCUCAUCCUCCUCCUCCUUCAGAAACAAACAUGGAGUCCCUCCUCUCUGCCGGUUUGACGCUUUCCGUGAAAGCAAAACGAGACGAUAAAGAUAAUUUCAACGGAGGGGGAAACGAUGCUCGUAAAUGAACAGAUUUUUUUUUUUAAGGACCUGCGUUGCCUUCCUCUGCCUGUUUAAACAAAUGCCAAUUUUUUGUUUUGUUAUUUUCUCUUCAGGACUGAGUUCUCCUGCCAUAUUGAAAUAUAUCUCCACUCUUAAGAAAGUAGAGUUAAUUAUAAGUAAGAAAAAAAAGGUACUAUUAUAAUAUGUGAAUUAAAAUGUGUAAAUAAGUGUUAUAAUUAGAUGCCAUGCCUACUCGUGAGAGGGUUUAAAGUUAAAAUAUCAGAACACUAUGCUGCAGUGGUGUUGACGUCCAGCCGACUCCAGGAGACGUCUACCGUCCUGUUUGUCCACUUCCUGUUCGUCUGUCUGUCUGUCGAGAUACCUGAUUGGUUGAGUUUAACCUGAGUGGGCGGAGCCAAAAGGACCCGUAUACCAGGGUUCAUGAGGAUUAUGUUAGGCAUUUAAACAAUUCUUAAAUCCAUUUGAUUUGAAGUUAUAAUGUAAAUAUUUUCCACACUAGACAAGUUAAAUAACAGCUAGACCUAUAUUACAUACAUCCAGUGCUGCCCCUGGCCAAAUAGGGCGACAUUUGUCAUUUUUGUCAACAUAAUGGUGCAUUUCAUAGGUGAACAUAUAGGGCCAAAUUGUAAUGGGUUCUUCCUCGGACGAUUCUGCACCUUUCCAGCAAGUUUUAUGAAAAUCUGGUUAGAAGUUUUUCCGUUAUCCUGCUGUCCAACCAACCAAAUUAAACAGAUUUGCAUAGAUUCAUGUUGGCUCCUCCCACUCUGAUUUAAAAAUAAGAUUCCAUCGUUCUACAAUACAUCAAGAGUCAUUCAAUUGGGCUGCUUUUUGGGAAAUAACGUCCCCUUUAAGAAUAUUUGGGAAUGUGUUUAGCCUAGCUUAGCACAAAGACUGGAAACAGGGAAUCAAAACAAAAUAUUUCAAAUGUUUUAUCUGGUUUAUCGGGAUGUCGACACAGAAAUCUCCUCGGCAGCAGAACGACGUAUGUGUAUGUGAACGUGUGUGAGAGAGAUAGUGUGUGUGUGUGUGUGUGUGAGAGAGAUAGUGUGAGAGUGUGUGUAUGUGAAUGAAGCUUACAGUUCAUAUUUAAGAGCAGUAACUUUAGUGUUUUCUCUGUAACAAAUAUGCAAGGAAACUCCCCGUAUAGAAAUAAUCCCUAAUAUGUAAAGCUGUAAUGUUUUUGUUGUUUUGGUGUUGUUUUGUUCAGCAUCUGGUUCGGUGCCUUAUGAGUUUACCAAGAAAUGAAAAACUCUGUAUACAGUCUGUCCAAUGUAACGAUUUUUAAGUAAAUAACCUUAUUUUAGUACACAACAUUAUUCCUGUUUUUGUGUUGUUUUUACUCUGAGGCUCAUUUUCUACCAGGACAACAACGAGGAGGAGGAACAGUCGCCAAGAAUGCAUUUCAAGAAGUGCGAAACGUAACAGAACGUGUUCUUGGUAAUAGAAAAACCUAACUUGAAAGGAAAUUGACACAGAAAACUAUAAUAUUUGUACUUGUUACGUAGCUUAAAAUCGUGAUAUCAAGACAUUUUAUAUAAUUAAAAGUAUUCAUCACUUUU